UGUGUAGAGAGAGAGAGAGAGAGAGAGAGGAAGGGCGUGUGAUAUACGAUUGACCAUCCACAUGUGGGAAGCCGUCCUGGCAGGAGAAGCAUCCUCCUCUCCUGCUGUUAAUGCUGCUGCUCUUCUCUCUUUUUGGGUGUCAAAGAAGAAGAAGAAGAAGAAGAGAGCGACUGAGGGAGAGAGAGAGAGAGAGAGAGAGAGAGAGAGGAAGAGAGAGAGAGAGAAUCCCUCAGACAAGCAUCGAGGCUGACACACUAGAAGAGAGGAGCUGAGAGGGGAAACAAUAUUUGGAACAUUGCAGUGUGGCGCUCUUAUCUGGAUACUCCUACAAAGACGCUACCAGGCUGAUCAAGAGGAUAAGAGAUGGAAAGGCCCUACAAAGCACGCCCUUCCAAACUUGGCGCUACUUCUCCAUGGCCUUGACUUUUCUCCAUACAAGCAGUAAGCAGUGACGGACAGGAAGGACAUCAUCAUUGAGAUCCAGGUUGUGCAGAAAAAAACCAAGCCAACUUGGAGGAACCUUUUUGUACAGCAGUGUUGGAACUCCUUGUAAGGACCCAGAGCCUGAGGGUGGCCCCACCAUGAAACCUUCCAUCAUCGUGGUCCCCCCCUCUAGCCUCCUGCUGGUCCUGAUGUGCUGCCCCCUGCUGGGGCUCGUCCAGUCUGCCAGCAGUAACAAAGCCAGCGACAACAAACUUGGCGAGUCGGACCCCCAGCGCUGUAUGAGGCAUCACUUUGUAGAGACCAUCGCCCACCCCAUUUAUAAGUGCAACUCCAAGAUGGUUCUGCUUGCGCGUUGCGAGGGCCACUGCAGCCAGACCACACGCUCCGACCCACUCAUCUCCUUCAGCUCGGUGUUGAAGCAGCCCUUCAAGAGCUCCUGCUCCUGCUGCCGGCCGCACACCUCCAAGCUCAAGGCUGUGCGGCUGCGGUGCACGGGCGGCACUCGUAUAACUGCCACCUACAGAUACAUCCUGGCUUGCAACUGCGAGGAGUGCAGCUAAGAUAAGCUAAGCUAAACCUCCACCACUCGGAACUCUUCUCUUUUUUUUUUUUAAAUUGAAAUGCUGCAUCAUCUUUACUGGAACACACCUGCACCAACUUUGUCCCCCGCUCCCUCCCCAAUUUUACACACUCCAUCACAGGCUUUUUUUUGGCAAAGUGGUCAGGUGGACUAUAAAAAGAUGGCGGCCGACGUCAGUGGCGUCAGUCUGUGUGAGGUGUUUCUUCAAUGUGGUCUAUUUGAAUCUCCUGUGAUGUUCCUGUAAUAUCACGCUGGAUUUAUACAAGCUUCUAUGUCUCGCUCUCUCUCUCGCGCGCGCGCUCUCUCUCUCGGAGGACACGUUUCCUCGUGGACUUCCUGUUAAUCCUCUUCCAAGAAUAAUGGAAUCUCACACUGACUGACUGACAGAUUGGGUCAAUUCUUCAAGUCAUCACCACGUGAAGUCACAGUCGGUUUAGUUCUGUCCAAUCACGGUGUUCUCCCUUCAUUAAAGUACAUAUUUUGUCAAAGCAAACUAAGAAUUUAGUGUAUUUUUAUUUGGAUUUGAUUCAUUUUAUAGUGUUCAAUCAGCUUAAAUCUUUCCAAUCAGGCUCUUUGACGCCCUCUGGUGGCCAGUUGUUUCAGACACGCCACAUUAGUCAAUAAAUACAAAAGAUAUAUGUAUAUAAAUAAGAUAAACGCCUGUCAAAAGCAGAAUCUUUUUUUAUUUUAAAUAAAAAAAUUUUGAACAA